AUGAUCAAAUGGAUUUUCGUCUCCAUCAUCGUCUUGGUUCUUUUUGUUGCAAGCUCUUUUAUCCUCGAAAUCGAUCUUUCCAGAAUAGGAGGCAGUACUCUUAGGAGAAUUAUUAUAUUCAAUAACCAACCAAAUCAAUUCUCAAUUAGUUGCUCUGAUGGGAACUCAACAGAAACAUGUUCAUCGUACUAUCCAACAAACAUUGAGUUUGAAGAUGAUUCACCAACAACAUCAUGUCCAGAAUACUUUAGAUGGAUUCAUGAAGAUCUAAAACCAUGGAAGAAUACAGGAAUCACAAGGGAAAUGGUUGAAAGAGGGAAAAACAUUUCACAUAUUAGGCUUGUAAUUGUAAAUGGAAAAGCUUACAUAGAAAAGCAUGGCAAAGUGUUUCAAACAAGAGAUAUGUUCACAAUAUGGGGAAUUUUGCAGCUCCUAAGGUUGUAUCCAGGAAAAAUACCAGAUUUGGAGUUAAUGUUUCAAUGUGGAGACAAAACUGUGGUCAACAAAAAAGAUUUCCAAGAACCACAAAUUUCACCACCACCCGUUUUCCAUUACUGUGGAAAUGAACAGUCAUAUGAUAUUGUCUUCCCUGAUUGGACCUUCUGGGGCUGGGCUGAGCUUAACAUAAGACCAUGGGAAACAACAUUACAUAAUAUACAAGAAGGCAACAAAUUAGUGAAAUGGAAGGAUAGGAUACCCUAUGCUUUUUGGAAGGGCAACCCCAAAGUGUCCUAUGUCAGGGGAGAACUAGGCAAGUGCAAUGCCACAGAAAACCAUGAUUGGAAUGCAAGAAUAUAUGGCAUACAAUGGCAGAACGAGAAAGCAAGCCAUUUCGAGAACGCAAAACUAGAAAAUCAAUGUACCUUUAGAUACAAGAUCUACACAGAAGGGGCUACAUGGUCAGUGAGUGAAAAGUACAUAAUAGCAUGUGACUCAAUGACCAUGUUCAUAGAGCCUAAGUAUUAUGACUUUUUUACAAGAAACAUGUUACCUUUACAACACUAUUGGCCUAUCAGCAUCAGAAACAUGUGUGAAGAGAUUAAGUAUGCAGUGGAUUGGGGAAAUUCUCACCUUCACAUUGCAGAGGCGAUUGGCAAGAGAGGAACAAACUACGUUGUAGAGAAUUUAAAGAUGAAAUUUGUGUAUGAUUACAUGUUUCAUCUGUUGAAUGAGUAUGCAAAACUCAUGAAAUUCAAACCAAUUAUACCUACAGAAGCUGUUGAAACUUGCGCUGAAAGUAUGGUUUGUUCUGUGCGUGGUUUAAAGAAACGUCUUUUUGUUGAGUCCAUUGUGACUUCACCAAGUGAGACACCUCCAUGUACAAUACCUCCUCCUUAUACACCACAAACUUUGAAAGACUUUCUGCAAAAGAAGCAAAAUCUGUUGAAUCAAGUGAAGACAAGGACGAUAGAUAUAAAUGAAUAA